AUGUUUGGCGCACUCAACCGGUUUAUCGGACGACUGGACGGCGAGCCUUCACAACAAUCCCGGGCUGGGCCUAGCGACAGUGCCUUUGGUUUUCAAGUACUCCGCAAUAAAGACAAGGAGAUACCCUUGGAGCCAUGGUUUGAUUUUAUUGUGGGAAUUAAUGGCCAUGCGAUUGAGGAUCCUGAUCCAAACCUCUUUGCGACAGAGGUUCGCAAUUGCGCCGGUUCAAGUGUGACGCUGGAGGUCUGGAGUGCGAAGGGCCAACGCACUCAUACGGUCACCAUUCCAGUUCCAGCCACAAACCCGUCCCUCGGCGUCGCUCUACAGCUAGCCCCUCUCAACUCCACCCAAAACAUUUGGCAUGUACUCGGGAUCCCUUCACCCUUAAGUCCAGCAUAUCGUGCAGGCCUUCUCCCACAUUCGGAUUAUAUUAUUGGAACCCCAAGCGGAACGUUAAGAGGAGAGUCGGCCCUCGGGGAAUUGGUAGAAGAUCAUCUCGACCGCACCCUGGUUUUGUGGGUAUACAACAGCGAGUUUGAUGUGAUUCGGGAGGUGGAGCUCGUUCCCACUCGAGGCUGGGGUGGCGAAGGUGCUGUUGGUGCGGAGUUGGGCUUCGGUGCGUUACAUCGACUACCUGUUGGACUAGGCGAAGAGGUCGAGGGACCCGGAGAGCUCGUCUUUGAGACCCGAGAGGAUGGAAGCUCCACGGCAUUCCCACAGGCUGGUGGUAUUGGACCGGAAGCUGGAGCACCAGGCCAAUUCUUGGUUCCCGCCAAUAUCGUAUCACCUCCCCCUCUCGCUGCACAGACAGCAGUGACUUCGCCUCCGGAGGCAAGGUCAUCCUCAAGUCGCCGUGGAAAGACACGACCUUCUGCCUCCCCCAAUAGGGCAUUCGAUGAUUACUUUGCUGAAGGCGAACAGAAGAGCCGGGAGGAAGACUACACAUCGUCCCGUAAAGGAACACCUCUUCCUCCGCCGCCAAAGGCCGGUGUUUCUCCAGGUGCUGGUGCCUCAACCCCUCCGGCAGUCGAGGCCGUGGAAGGGGAGCCUGGUCCAUCCCAAGAAGAGUGA